UAAAGCAGCGGUCCGUCUGCAGACUCAACCCUGGUGUCAGUCCACCAUUAGUCUCGGCCCGGUGGGAAAGAUUGAUUUGACAUUAUGAAAACCCAUCUGUUGAUGUUAGACGGACAUAUUUAAAUAGGGAUGCAGUCGGUCACAGUGGAGCAAGACUAUGGUGACCCGUCAGGUUCAGUGGUGCAGGUGUGUUUUCCCAGCGUGCAGACAUCGGUUCUGGACAGCUUGAAUCGUCAGCGUGAGGAGGGUCAUCUCUGUGACCUCUCCAUCCAUGUGCAGGGUCAGGUGUUUAAAGCCCACAGAUGUGUACUGGCUGCAUCAUCACCUUACUUCCAUGAUCAGGUGCUGCUGAAGAACAUGUCCACUGUCUCCAUCCCAGCCGCCAUGGACCCGCUGGCGUUCGAAAGCGUCCUAAAUUGUGCUUACACAGGACAGCUGCGGAUGCUUCGUGAUGACAUCGUGAACUACCUCACCGUCGGCAGCGUGCUUCAGAUGUGGCACAUCGUGGACAAAUGCACCGAGCUUCUCCGAGAAGCGCGGGGAGGUUCAAGUGGACCUCAGGGAACGGGAGAAAAGACCAACGCCGGGCUCGGCGGCUGUGCCAACAAGGUGUCCCAAGCAGAAAGAGAAGAUGCACUUUCUUCUCCUCAACCUCCAAACCGACCAUCAUUCAGCGAGAGCCAAUCUCCCAGCAGCACCAAUUACUUCAGUCCUAGAGAGGCAAACUUCGGAGGGGGCACGGUGACCACCGGGGCAGUUGGGGAAAGCGUGGUCCACUCCACUCCCACCUACUGCACCCCCUCCGGUGGGGAGGAGGGUUUUCUGAUGGAAGAAGAGGAAGAUGAUGAGCUUUUGUUUUCCAGGAAUAGAGAGCGGGAAGGUGGGAAGCGCAAGAAUUCAACCUCCGUCUCAGAUCAAGAGGUCGGGGUGAGCGACAGUUUUGGAGUUUCCUCUUAUCAGGGUGGAGAUGCCACACCGCCCCAGAGGCGCCCGUCGUAUAGUCAACCGAGCAUCAUGCCAAGAAAACAGUGGGUGGUGGUAAAGACGGAGAACUCGAGAGAUGAUGACCUCAUCGUGGUGUCAGGAGAGGAAGGAGGUGAGGAUGAAGAGGAACGAGAGAUGGAGACGGUCAGAGAGAGAGACAGGGCGUUUAAUAUAUCAAAUGUACGGACGCUAUCGGGACUGAGGGAACAGGCCGAAAUGGAGGCACAGGGUGACUAUUGCCAGUCUUCAGAAGACUACCUCAAGUAUGAGAGGGGUUUGAUGGACCAGACGUCCUCUCAUCAUCACCCCGCUGAGACUCCCAGUCAAUGUACCAGCAGGGCCGUUUCUGCUCUGCUCAGUUCAGUCCAGUCCACUUCUGCCAGAGCUCAACUCUUUCCUCUGGAUAUGCAAGGAAACCAGAUUUUCCUGUACAAUCAGGCUGCCCUCGAAUCCACCUCUCCAUUGGGUCACGCAGGAGGAAUACCUAUGAAAAGCAGUCUUGAACACGGAGCGGUCCCUUUACCCGGGCAAAGCGCUUUGGGCAGCGGCAUAGAAGGACUGGACGGCGGAGGGGCCGGCGGUCCCGGCAAGGUCUUCAUGUGUCACUGCGGCAAAACGUUCACGCACAAAAGCAUGCGGGACCGGCACGUCAACAUGCACCUGGACCUGCGGCCCUUUCACUGCCCCGUCUGCUCCAAGAAGUUUAAGAUGAAGCAUCACCUCACGGAACACAUGAAGACCCACACGGGUCUGAAACCGUACGACUGUCACGCCUGCGGGAAGAAGUUCAUGUGGCGUGAUAGUUUUAUGAGGCAUCGCUCGCACUGUGAGAGGCGCAGCUUGGGCGCCAAGAGUGCUGACGGCUCGAUCGUCUCUCCGCCACAUCAUCUGAAGCUCCAGACCUCAGUCGGUGAGAUCAGUCAGAGCAGAAGCGCGGCCUCGGGUCAACAUACCAUUAGCAGCAGUGGGGUCUCGUGUCUCGGCAUGGCGGCGGCCGGGUCUUUCCUAGGAAUGGGUUCACAAAGUGUGGUGCACAGCCUCGGUUCCGUUGGGCGUGUGGAGGAAAUGUGUGAGGGGGAUGUCGAUGAAAGCAGUGUCACAUAAGCUAAGCCACGAGUCAAUCCAAGAUCACUGUUCCUCAAAACAAAACGUGGUUUGUGAUCGUCUUCGGCUUUAAAGGGACCACGUGCACAAUAAUCUGAUUCUUUACCUCUUUGAGUGAAUGUGCCAUACAUGGUGUGUUUGGAAGUAAACCGAUAGCCAAGUGCCCAUUGCUAGCUCACCUGUGUACCAACUUCUUAAAGACGAUCAAGAUCAGGCUGCUAUAGUGACUGCCAGGACCAGGAAUACAAACGUUGCAUACAAACAAUCUGCCUCACUAGCACAGAACAUGUGUGUUCACCGUUGCUCUGAAGUGCCAUUCUGUUCUGUAUGAUUAUGUUGUGGAGUCCGUGUAGAUUACUGUAACUCAUUUGGUCUUGAUGUGGACUUUCAGUGUACUUUUUAACAUGACUGUAUAAGGUAUAUUUCCAUUGAUUUCCUAGAUAGACGACAGAAAUCGAGAUUCUUUUUUCACUGCUUGCAAGGGAUAGUUCACACAAAAAUUGUCAUUAUUUAUUCACCCUCACGUCAUUCCAAACCUGUAUGACUUGCUUUCUUCUGCAGAACACAAAAGAAGAUAUUUUGAAGAACGUUGGUGACCAAACAACAUUGGCCCCAUUGACUUCCAUUGUAUAGGCACAAAACCACAGAGGCAUUUCUCAAAAUAUCUUCUUUUGUGUUCCACAGAUGAAAGAGUCAUACAGGUUUUGAAUGACAUAAAGCAGAAUAAACGACAGAAUUUUUAUUUUUGGGUAAAUGAUCUCAUUAAAGAACAGGAAAGUUUAGGAUCAUGUUGGUGGUUGGAUUUAAAUGCUACAUUAAACAUUUUACAAUAUUACACAUGACCAGGGUCAUAACCACCCUAUUUAUCAAUUUAAUUCCUUAAUUAUUAUUAUUUAUUCAUUUCUCCAAAAACCCUGAAUAUGUGGUUUCAACCAUGCACAUUGCCUGAUGAUGUUAUCCAAAUCGAUCACUGUUCUACGAUCGCAGCGCUGCUUGGAGCCUUAGAAAAUAUAUCUCGGCAUAACCAAACUGCAAACACAUGACUAUAGGAAUCUACCGGCCGAAGACAAGUUUAGACCCAAACACCAAACUACUGAACUCCUGCUGGACUUAAGAUAGCCUACAGUACCAAUAGUGAUGCAAGAGUUUGCCUUCCAUGAAGGCUGCCGAGACAUGAUUUGCAAUGUUUGGAAAAGGAAACGAAUGGACCUAAAACUAUGAAGUAUGUAAAUGCCAAAUGUGUGUGAACGUCUGGACCCGAGUGUACUAUGAGGAGUUUAAUUUAGUCGAGAUAUAAGUGAUGUGGAUCUGUUCAGGACUCCUGAUUUAAAGGGAUAGUUCACCCAAAAUUAAAAAAACCCUGUCAUUUAUUCACCCUCAAAACUUCUGACCUGACCUCGGUAUAUGAGCCUUUCUUCUGUGAAACACAAAAGAAGAUAUUUUGAGAAAUGUCUCAGUAGUUUUGUAGUCAAUUAAUGUUGUUUGGUUACCAACAUUUUUCAAAAUAUCAUCAUUUGUGUCCUGCAGUCAUGGAAUGAUAUUGAAGAAAGAAUUUUCAUUUUUGGCUGAACUCUUUAUUGAACUGCUUUUGUGGUUGUCCUGAUACGUGUAUGCAUCAAUGAACAGUUGAUUUGUACAUGGAUAAAUAUGUUGCCCAGAACCAGAUACCUCAACGUUUAUGUAAAUAUUUACAAUAUACUGUAUACAAUACGAUAAAUCUUUGAGAAUCACAGAGACUUAUACAGUUGUUGCUUAUCCACACAUUCCUGUUUCUUUCCCAUCAAACCUGUGUGCAUUUCAGAUUAGUGGGUAAAGAGAAUAAUGAAGUAUGGAUGAUUCAAAAUAAACCUGAGAAAUGAUCACGAGUGGUACUGUAGGAAAAGCAUGAUUCAGUGCUUGCUAAUAGAGUAAUGUGGUUAGACACAUCUGCAUUUUGUACUGAAAAAUAAAAGUGUUCCAUCUUCAGUCGUUGUUGUGAAUCUGAUCUACUGUUGGUUAUUGAAUUACACAAUCGAGACCGUUUUUGCUGUAUCAGAUAAAACAUCAGUAUUUUCACAAGAUACUACGUUUAAAUCAAAUAAAGUAACUUAAGAUAUGACUCGCUUUUUUAAUUUGGUUCGGAUUAGUGCUCAUUACUAUUGAGU